CUUUCAGUAGUACCCACUUGAAAAUUAGAAAUCAGUUGCUUGAAAUCAGAAAUCAGUUUGACUAAAAUUCAAUAAAAUAGUUGUUUAAAUGACUUCCGUUUGUGGAACAAUCGCUGCCUUGAUUUUGAGUAUAGCAACCCUUCAAGGGUUAAAUGCUAUCCGGCAAUUCGGAACUUGUCCGCAGUUUUCCCCGGUUGAAAUUGUGAGAAGAGAUUUGGCGGGUGAUUGGUUUGCAAUCAAGACUUCUGAGAGGGCGGGACGGGAUGACGAUGACCAUACUCAGACGUGCUUGAAGACAAGUUUCAGACCCAUGGCAUCUGAAACAGGAAUUGAGUUUGAAAUCCUGUCUGCCUUCUACGACGGGGAAAACUUUCAAUCCAAGUCUGUCAGGGCCAAACAAGUCUACCCCAACUCAGAGUGGAGCUCAGGCGCAUUCCAGCUGAACCUUGCCGACCUUGUGGAGCCUCUGAUUCCGAACUCCGGAGACCCACAAGACCCCGACUCUGAAGACUACGAUGAUGAGGAAUCGAUGUACCCCCACCCGAACUUCUUGAUUCUCUAUGUCGAUGAGUCAUUUCUUGUUGUUUCAUACUGUGAUCAAAUUGAACCGUUAGUGAAAAACGAACAAAUGUGGAUUCUGUCACGUGAACAGUUUCCAAACAUAGAAAAAGUCGGAAGAGUGGAGUCGAAACUAUUUCACACGGAAAUUGACAAUUUUCAGAUGUUUGAAGUUGAUCAGGAAACUUGUUCAUCCUCUGAAAUGCGGCAAAAGUUUCCAUUCAGAGCACUUUUGCGUGUUGGUGAUGACCCAUUUGAAAGCGACCAGGCUUAUUUGAAGUAUUUGACAUGUCUCAAUCAAGCGACAACCAUGAUUCAAAUCGAUCUCUGCGUCAACUACCUUAAUAUGGGCUUUUUUGGACAUUGACAACAUUUUGAUAAUCUCAACUUGAACUAAAAGCUAUUAGAUUGUGCCUUAAAGUCUAUAUU